CGCCAAAAUUCACGUCUCCAUACCAGCAGCACCAGCGGACGGGACGUCGAAUUUUCGUUCUUCGCAGAGGCGGACGGAUACGUCCCACCAACCGGCCGUUAGGAUUCACCGUUCAACGCAACACCAGUUGUACGAACCGGACCGGAAGCAGCAUCUCAAGGGUGUGCCGCACUACUCGCCAAAACUGGUCGCCCUUUCUUCCAGCACCAUUCCCGGAACAAUAGAGAAGAUAGCGGUUCCGUCGUCGGUUGGUUUGCGGAGCGCAUAUCCUACUGGUGGUCCGUUGCCAACCUCCAAGACGGAAGACCCCAGGCAAACGGGGACAGAGUCUCGUGCCACGGGGAGGGAAAACCAAAUCCCCCCCGCUAGCCGACGCUGGGUCCCUCCAUCACUGAGACCGCAACAUGGACUCACCGAAGAGGCCAGAAUUGAUUCGAUCUUUCGAAAAGUACGCGGUAUUUUGAACAAACUAACCCCAGAAAAAUUCCAGAAACUAAGUGAUGACUUGCUGAAGCUAGAUCUGAACUCGUCCAAGAUUUUAAACGGUGUUAUUCUACUGAUAUUCGACAAAGCCUUAGAUGAACCCAAGUACUCGUCUAUGUACGCACAGUUGUGCAAACGCAUCGAGAAGGAACUAGAGACCGACAUCGACAAAACCAAAUCCAGCACUUUUCUACAGAUUCUAUUGAACGUUUGCCGCGACAAGUUUGAAAAUCGAGUACAGUAUAGUGAGAAAAUCAUCAAUUCUGAACUUGCUCUAACAGAUGAUUUGGAGGAAAAGAAAAAUGUGGCCAAACAAAAGAUUCUCGGAAAUGUUAAGUUCAUCGGUGAGCUGUACAAGCUCGACAUGCUCGGAGAGACACAUCUGCACAAGAUGUUGCGCUCGUUGUUCACCAACAAGUCCAGCGCGUCGUCGGAGAAAAAUUGCGAGGACAUGGAAUGCUUGGCACAAAUCAUCAAGACCUGCGGAAAGAAUCUGGAUACAGAGCUGGGAAAACAGCUGAUGGAUCAAUACUUUGAUAGGAUGGAACAAUUUUCACUGUCGGCCAAAUUCCCACCACGUAUCCGGUUCAUGUUGCGUGAUCUGAUUGAGCUGCGCAAGAACAACUGGACACCACGGAAAGUGGCACGUGUAGAAGGACCGGCUCCAAUUCAGGAGCUCACAAACGAAGAUGACUUGGUGUUGCGGCCAUCGUUCGGAAAUCGUGGCCGGGACUACCGCAAUCAGGAACGGGGAGAACAGCGAGACUGGAUCAGCAAGUCGUUGUUGAAUCCACUCAAUUUUAAUGACAGCUUCAACCUGUUGAGCGUAUCAAGCCCCUCGUCAUUGAUACCACCAUCGUAUUCAUCGGCACCGAAUGGCUAUGGCAAUAAUCGGGAUCAUCGUGACAAUUCCGGCGGCAAUGGUGGCCGAGGAGGUGGUGAUGGCAACUAUCGGAUGCAUAACAAUCGCAACGGUGGUCACAAUCAACACAACAACUACCAUCACGGAGGCGGCGGUGGUGGUGGAGGUGGCAAUAUGCGCUACAACAAGCACAACAAUCAUCACAGUGGCCGGGAUGGUCCCAAUCAACAUCACCAAAGCAAUGGCGGUAAUCGCGAUGGUGGACCAAAUUCUCACAACACACCCUACGGCGGAAACCGCGGUGAUCCAGGAAUGAUGACAAAUAAAGACCUUGCACCGAGAUUCAAGCGCAAUCUCAUCUCGCAAAAUCCAAUGGAAGAUUUGCAGAUGCGACCUACCGCUAACAGUUUGCUAUUUAAGACACAGAACAUGAAUAUGAAACAGCAGUUGCCAAUUUCCCAAACACCGACGUUGCAAUCGAGCAAGAACUCCAACAACUAUAAUCCACAGCUAGGCGAUUUUCCAUCGCCGUUGACUUCUCGUACACUGCUUAGUGAACAACGGGCCGCAGCAAACACUGGCAAUGGUGCUUCCACCGGAGCAAACGCCAGCAAUGCUGGACCCCCACUAACAACCCACUCGUCGGGCAACAACUUUGGUGCACCUGGAUUAAUGGGAAAUUCUGCAGGAGGAUCGAACGGCUCCAUCCCAAGUGGAACGGGAUUGACGGCCAAUGGUCAGCAGAACUCUUCCAACAAUACUAGUCCUGUGUCAAGCCACACGUCGCUCCUGAAUCGUGGUGUCAACAACCCACAGCUUAACGGAAAAUCGCUAUCGAAUCAGGCCCCCUCUUCCACUACGAUUGUAAACAACAUCAUCCAAAAGGAACAGAUUAUCAUUAAACAAGCCUCCUCUGACAAGGCCGAGAAAAAAGCUAAGAAGGACAAAGGACCCAACAAGGAGGAAUUCAUGAAGAAAGUUCAACUUUUUGCUACCGAAGUAUUGCUGGACAAUCUGAAGAAGCAAAUUGAAGAGCAAUCAGCGGACAAACCCAAUGAAAACAGUGGCGGCGCAGUCAAGGAGAUUGUCGUAGAACUUGUAGAUGGUACACCGAACCCAGACACGGUUAACGAAGCUGAUAUCAAGGAAAAGACGGAAGAAGGUGCUUCUGUAGAAAAGGAAGAUGUUGGCUCGGAAACAAAGAAAUCUGACGAUGAAGAUUCCACUACCGAACAACAUUCCCUUAUGGACGAAUUGGUCCGUGAAUUCGUCGAGCUUAAAAUUCCAGAAAAGUUCAUGCGCGAUUCGGUAAGCAAAAUCGUCAACGAAGUUCUGGACAAAACGGAUUCAUUCCACGAGAAAACCAUUGAAUUCCUUCAACGAUUGCGCAAGGAUAACAAACUUUCAAACGGAGCGAUGAUGGAAGCGUUCAAAUCGCUGGUAAACUCAAUGAACGAGAAGGAAAAAACUAUCCCCAAAAUCACCACAAUCGUGGCUUCCCUGCUGUCACGUGCUGUAUCGGUACGCCUGAGCAAACUGUCCGAUAUCGCAAACUACACCGACAAUGGUCAAAACUACCCACUGUUCCUGCUGGUCCUGCAGCAGUUGCACAAACAACUCGGCAAGCAGCAACUGCAGGAAAUGUUCCAACAGAGCAAAAUCAAUCUGAUGACAACACUUCCGGAGGCUGAUCGCACCAAGGAUCGCAUGGCCGAAAUCCUGGAAGAUCGUAGCCUCAGCUUCCUGUACCCGCUGCUGCGAGUGCAGGCCGAGCUCUGGAAGCAGAUCCAAAUCGACGGCAACCCACAGCAGUUCUACAAGUGGAUCAAGGAAAACGUCGAAGCGGGUUGCUACACCGAUCCCGGUUUCAUCACAGCUGUGAUGACUGUGCUGCUAAAAUAUAUCGUACAGGAAUCGUCCAAGGUCUCUGACGAGAAGCAAUCCACUGAGAAAGAGUUGGAGAUUCUGAAAAAGUUCUGCCCGGUUCUGAAUGCUUUCCUCAAUGGUAACAUCGAACUCCAACUCGUAGCUAUUUACGCCAUGCAAGUCUACUGGUACAGCAUCGAUUUCCCCAAGGGACUUUUGCUGCGCUGGUUCCGGGAGUUCUACGAUCUUAGUGUCAUUGAGGAGGAUGCCUUCCUGCGGUACAAGGAGGACGUCACCGAUAUGUACCCGGGCAAGGGUAAGGCUCUGUUCCAGGUCAACCAGUGGCUGACCUGGUUGGCCGAAGCAGAAGACGAAGACGAGGAGGAUGAGGAGUAAAUUGAACCUACACAUUAGAAGAACAACAACAACUACGGAUUUAAAAUUCACGCUAAACCCCCUUUUCUCUGCACGUGUCCACCGAUGAAAAGUAAAUGAAAAAAAUGCAAGCAAAAAAACGUACCCCCAUACUCAGCACUUUCAGAAUAGAAAAUGAACAUGCACUAACUACCUUCGGCAAGAGGAUCUCAUAAGGAGAAAUCAAAUUUAAGUUUGAGUUUUUUCCUGUUUUUAUUUUGAUUUGUUAAAAUUUUGCAAGUGAAAGAGAUGAUGAUGAUUGAAACGAUUUUAAGUGUUGCAAAUUCCUUUUUUGUUGUAUCGUAAAUUUCGCUGUAUAAUUUUUAUUUUUGAAUAUUUGUAUAGAUAAAUGGCAAAGCAUGAGCGACGUGUUUCAUUUGCAAAGGUGGAUAUAGUUGGAUUUUUUUUGUAGAUUUUAGUUUAUUUUUUGUUUUGCAGUUUCGAAUGAACGAAUGAAGUUAAUCAGAUCUAAUGGGAAAUCUGCUUUUACCCAUAACGAAUAAACAAGCAUACUAGAGAAACAAAACAGUUGAAAACAUAGCGUAAUAUAAUCAAUAACACAAAAACAAAAAAUAGAACUAAUGGAAACUUAUAAAAAACAGUGUUCGUGUAUGUGAAGUUCGGAUCGGAGAACCCGUUCGAGACACACGUAAUAAAAAAAUAGAUCAAUUUGUACUUGCUAGAAACAUAAUAGUAUAGAGAAGUGUGGGAUUCGGGAGAUCUUGUUUCGACAUUGAUCCUGACUGAGCGAGAUAGUUUUGCAUGUCUGAUCAAUGUUCGUUUGUAGUACGAAUGGUGAGGAUUUCAAUGCCAUGAUAUCCUCCAGGAUGUGUAUUUAGAUUGUGGAAGAAUGAAAGUGCAAUUGAAAAAUUCGCGCAAACAAAAUAUUUGAAUUCUCUGGCGGUCGAUUGAUUAUUCAUCCGUUUGUCUGUAUGUGGCCGUUUCGACGGAGGUUGCGUGAUAUCGCGAGUAACAGAGAGAGAAAAGAGAGUUUAUGUAGUUGAAAUAAAUUAUGUAGAUCGAAGUCUAUAUUAAGUAACGUAUGUGUUAGUAGUUUGGUACAAUAACUAAUAGGUUUUGAAUUUUCAUUUGCACCGUUAAAGGACGAUCGUUCGCACUACCAAGCACAUAUUUUGAUUUGCCUUCCACCAUACCCAGAUCCCACUUUUGCAGAAGAAUCGACUGAAACAAUAGUAAAGCAGGAAAAUGUCUUGUUCGGUGACAUACAAACUGUAACAAAUAUUAAUUGUGUAAUCACACGAUCAGUCAACUUCACAAAAUCAGAACUCCCAACACAUAUAAAAACAAGAAAUAAUGAACCUGCUGAAACUACCACUACUCAACUGAAGAAAACCCAAACGUCUUCUUUGCUCCGAAACUCCGAAAACAUGCUCGGCCAAUAGAGUUUGUUGCAAAAAAGAAGACUGAAUUUUAACUAUUGUCAUCGCGAUCAGUUUCGACCGACGGUGAAAAAUGGUGUUCUAGCUUGUAGGUAGUAUAAAUGAAAAUAUCUAGCUAAUUUACUGAAAAUGAUAACGCGAAAGCCGUCAUCCCAUUCCUGUUGUUGGGAGCCCCCGUGAGGAGAAUUCAGAGUAUUCAGUCUCGCGUUUAGACCCUCAAUUCUGUAAAACUAAAUAGUUAUACCUACCCUUUGUAAAGGACAAAUAUUCUUUUGAAUGUUCGCGCACACAUUUUAUCUCCUCAGAUAGACUUUUCCUUGCCCUUUGCUAUCGAAAGGGGGCUAGGGAACUUCGAAAGUGACGUCACAUUCUUCGAUGUGCAAGGAAAAUCACACGAGAUAUACAAAUUAUUGUGAUUUCAUGCAAUACAAGUAAUUAGAACAAAUAUGUAAAAUUUAAUUAAUCGAGAGAAGAAAUCAUUCAAAGUGUCGAUAAAAAGGUAUCAAUGUACUCUACACUGCUGGAAUUUAAAAGAAACAUGCUUUCGUUUUGUUCUAUAUUGUUUUUAGAUCCCCUUUUGAGCACGCAAUUUAAUUUUACCUCAAAUGCAAACCAACAAAAUGUUCAGAAUAAUUCGAUAUACAAUGAAAGACAACUUGAGUUUCAAACAAAAUAAUCAGCAUAACAGAAAAUCCGCUUUGUAUGCGAUGAUCUGCGAAAUACAUACGGUGUGACCGGAUAGGAAGAACUAAGGAUAAUAGCAAAGAAAUCGUGGAAACACAUAGAUACUACCUAAACACGAAACAAAAAAAUAUCUUGGUAAAAAAAUAACAAAAAAAAAACUAAACAAAAAAAAAAUAAAUCACAUUAAAAAGCCUCCAAACUAACAGGAAAAUUGUG